AUGGCCAAGUCAAAGAUCAAGGAGAGCAAGAAGGCUGAUGCUGGUCUGUCCACUGUUAAGAAAAGUGGUGUUGCAAAGGCUUCUCAGUCCGCCAAGUCCAAAUCCAAGGAGAUUGCGAAGGCUGCGACAAAGAAGAUGGUCAAACAGAAAGAGGUUCCCGAGAAGAAGAAGAAGAAGGUCGUCGAACCCGAGUCCUCUGAGUCCGACUCGGAGAGUGAAAGCGACUCUGACGUCUCUGACAGCUCCGACUCUGAGUCAGAAGUCGAAAAGAAGACGGCUGCCAAGGCCAAGGCCAAGGCCAAGGCCAAGGCCAAGAAGGCCGAUUCUGUUUCCGAGUCCGAGUCCGAAUCUGAUUCUGGCUCUGAAGCUGACUCUGGCUCCGAUUCUGAUUCUGACAGCGAGUCCCGGGAGACUAAGAAGCAUGCCACUAGCAACAAGGUCAAGGCUGCUGCCUCCGCCUCCGAGUCCAAGUCUGACUCCGGCUCUGACAGCGAGUCUAAUGAUGAGGCCACCAAGGUCAAGGUCAAUGGCAAGGCCAAGACUGAAGCCGACGACUCUUCUGAUUCCUCUGACUCUUCCGACUCUGACGAGGAGAGCGAUGACAAGAAGGCCACUGCCAAGGAAGAGCCUGUCGACUCUUCUGACUCUGAAGAAGACUCGGACGAUGAUGACAGCGAGGAUAGCGAGGACAGCGAGGAUGAUGACUCUGAGGAGUCUGGCAAGGCCAAAGCCAAGACUGAAGACGCGUCUGCCUCAAAGAAGCGCAAGGCUGACGAAGAAAUUGACGCUACCCCCAAGAAGGCCAAAACUGAUGAGGCGGCCGCCACCACUUUGUUUGCUGGCAACUUGAGCUGGAAGGUUGACGAUGACCUAUUGUCCGGGGCUUUCAAGAAGUUCGAAGGCUUGGUGGGUGCUCGCGUUGUCACUGAGAGAGACGGUGGCCGCAGCCGCGGCUUCGGAUACGUCGAUUUCGAGACAGCGGAGGCGGCCACCAAGGCCUACGAAGCCAUGCAGGGCUUCGAGCUGGCUGACCGUGCCCUCAACCUGGACUACGCCAACGCUCGAUCUGCCGAGUCUAACCCUCGUGACCGUGCUGCGGAUCGCGCCAAGAAACACGGCGACUCUGUCAGCCCCGAAAGCGAGACUCUGUUUGUCGGCAACCUGCCCUUUGACACUGACCAGGAGACUGUUCACCAGUUUUUCAGCGAGGUUGCUGAGGUCGCUAGCGUUCGCUUGCCUACUGACCCUGACUCUGGAAGCCUGAAGGGAUUCGGCUACGUCAGCUUCAAUUCCGUCGAGGAUGCCAAGACUGUCUUCUCGCAGAUGAACGGUGCUCCUCUGGGCAGUGGCAGAACGUCUCGCAGCGUGCGUCUCGACUUUGCCAGCAAUCGCACUCAGCAAGGUGGCGGUGGCCGCGGUGGCCGCGGUGGACGUGGUGGACGUGGUGACCGUGGCCGUGGUCGCGGUCGUGGGGGCGGUCGUGGUGGUUUCGGCUCUGGUGCCAAUCGAACUGCUCCCUCCAGCUUCGCGGGCACCAAGAUGACCUUUGACUAA